AUGCUAGUGCAUAUGCUUGACUGUGUGAGAAAUAAGGCAUGGGUGGCCACCUCUGGAGUCCUCUCAGCGGGCUUGGCGGUGCUGUCAGGUUUCGGGAUGUUGCUGUACUGUGGAAUGCCAUUCGCUAUGACUGUGGCUAACGCCCCCUUCCUGAUCCUUGGGAGAAGGGAGACAGAAUGGUAGUGGAUUGGAGUUGAUGACAUGUUCAUUAUGAUCUCCUGCUGGCAGCAAACCAAGGUUCAUGAUUCAGUGGCAGAUCGCUUGGCAGAGACGUAUAAAGAGGCAGCCGUCUCCAUCACCAUCACCACUCUAACUGAUGUCUUGGCUUUCUACAUAGGCAUCAUGACACCCUUCCGAUCUGUGCAGUCGUUUUGCCUCUACACAGGCACUGCAGUUCUGUUCUGCUAUCUGUACAACAUAACAUUCUUUGGAGCUUUCUUGGCUCUCAAUGGAAAAAGAGAAAAGGGCAACAGGCACUGGCUGACGUGCAUGAAGGUGGAGCAGGACUGUCCAGCAGGACGCUCUACAGGGUACAGCAUGUGCUGUGUAGGAGGGGCGUAUGACGCAAACACAGGCUGUGAGAAAGAGCAGCCAGUGAAUCUGUUCUUUAAGAAGUACUAUGGCCCUUUUCUUACAAACACAUGGACCAAAGUGUUUGUGGUGUUGCUGUAUGGUGGGUACCUGGCUAGCAGUAUUUAUGGGUGUCUUCAGAUGCAGGAAGGUAUAGACCUUCGAAAUCUGGCGUAUGACGGUUCGUAUGUUGUUAACUACUAUGAUGAUGAGGAUGCUUAUUUUUCAGAGUAUGGACCAAGAGUUAUGGUUGUUGUUACAGAACAAGUUGAUUAUUGGAAUAAGGAGGUCCGUAAAGACAUUGAAAGUUGUUUGAAAGUACUUGAAAACCAUUUGUAUGUUGAUGCAAGCCUGUCUGUUUCAUGGCUAAGAGUAUAUGAGAAUGUUUCUACAAUACUAAAUAUCAACUUAGAUAAUGAAACAGUAUUUAAAGACAAUUUAAAGUUAAUUCUUCCAACCUUUAAACAAGACAUUAGUAUCUCUAAUGAUAAUAUUAUUGCCUCCCGUUUCUUUAUUCAGACCACAAACAUUACCACUCCAAUCAAGGAAAAGAACAUGUUAGAUGAGCUGAGAAAGGACGUAAAGAACUGUGUAGUCCCAGUACUGGUUUAUCACCCAGCAUUCAUCUACUUUGACCAGUAUGUAGUCAUAGUCUCUAACACGAUACAGAAUAUUGCAGUAGCAACUGCAGUAAUGUUGGUCAUCGCCCUCCUAUUGAUUCCCAAUCCUCUUUGCUCUUUGUGGGUAACGUUUGCCAUCGGAUCUGUCAUUGUUGGUGUUGCCGGCUUCAUGGCUUUCUGGCAUGUUAACUUAGACUCCAUAUCGAUGAUCAAUCUGGUCAUCUGUAUUGUCUCUGUAGACUUUUCUGCACAUAUUUCCUACGCAUUUGUGUCAAACAGCAAACAUGAUGUAAAUGAGAAGGCCAUUGAUGCGCUCCAUACUCUGGGUUACCCUAUAGUCCAGGGGGCAGUUUCUACCAUACUGGGUGUCAUUGUUCUGGCUGCAGCUGAAAGCUACAUCUUCAGGACAUUUUUCAAGAUCAUGUUCCUGGUCAUUUCUUUUGGGGCUCUUCAUGGAAUUGUUUUUAUUCCGGUGUUCCUGACCUUUUUCGGGGUUUCCAAGUGUUGUGAUAAGGGUAAGGAAAAUCAAAUAGAAAUGACAUUACUAGGGCUGCCCACAGCAACAAAACAAGGUGUUUUCAUGGCUUGCCCAAGCAGCUGAGCACAGCUAUCUACUCAGGAAUCCAUUUGCAGUGGAAUAAUGCUGAAAAACACAGAUUUCCUAUGGUUUCGGAGAAUUUUUAGUUUUACACUUGGGGCGGGGCAAAAAACAUGCAAAGUUUUUUUUGUUUGUUUAAUAUCAAAUCAGUGCAUUCAUCAUAUAUAAUCAUCAACACAGGCACGUUUUUGCUUUAAAUGUACGUAAACAUACUUGUUCAAUAAAACUGCUUCCGGUGUACCGAGGUUAAGGUUGAACAGAGGUCAAGGUUGAAUGAGGUGCACGGUCACAGUCAUGUUAAGUGGCUUGCCGUUUACUUCAGUUGUCCAGACUUGCAUUGUUGUUACUGAACAAGCUGUUAAAGAUGCCAA